GCUUCGUCUAAAGGACACAAUAAUCAUCUUAUUGUUUUACAAAUUUUAAAUGACUGUUUGAUCAAAAGAAGAAAAAAUUCACCAACAAAAGAUUGAUUGGAUUCGUUAAAAGACUAGCAAUACUUAGUCUCCAUCUUCAGCAUCAUAGUUCUUUGGGAACUUUAGGAUUGGCAGUUGAACAAGAAUGUGGACAUCCUUCUGGAUACAGACAAUUCAUUUGGUGAUGGUAACUACCUGCCUGAAUUAGAUGAUGCAGAAUAUACUAAUGCUGCUUCAACUUCUCUUUACGAGCUGGCCUUAUUGAAUAAGUCUUACCACCCAGUAGUGCGUAAACUUGUCAAAAACAUAUCGUAUGGAGUACCAUCUUCAGGCGAAGGACUCGAAGGAGCUUUAGUGCCCGAAAUAAGAAAAUUGCGAUCAGAUUAACUAUUUCAAACUUAUGACAUGUCAGAAAUGGCCUUCAAUCCCUCUGUUCCAAUCCCCAAGAAGGAAAAGACAGAAAAGAAAAAGGGUGGUUCACACAUAUUUUUCGCAGAUCAAAACUUCGAAGAUGAAUGCAAUAUGAAAAUGAGAGAACAGCUUUUGAUGGGUGCGAUUUGUACAGAAUAAAAUGUUUCGUUAAAAUUAAAGUGAGUAUUCUGAGUAUUCAUCAGACUGAGUAAAAGAAUUGUUUUAUAUUUUCAAUCGAAAACACAGUAUUCCUCUGGUUCAUUUCAGUGAUAUAAGAACCAAUAUGAGUCUUACAAUUGGAGAUCUCUUUGGUCUUAAACGAAACCCUAAAAAUUUGGAGAUCAGAACAAUGUCAGUGGAAAAAACUCUGGAACCGCUGGUAUUGCAAGUAAAUACACUUGUUAACACCAAAGGUCCUUCUAAAAAAAAAGGAAAAUCUAAACGUGCCAGCGCUCUUGUAAGUACAGUUGAAAAAGCAACAGAAAAUUUUAUUGAGGAAGGAGAACAAAUUGCUUAUGAAAACCCUGAUAUUACUCAGGACAUGCUUGCAGCUGUUGAAGAAGUACGCAAAACAGGGAAUGCAAUGAGCAUAGCAGCAAGAUAAUUUUCAGAGGAUCCUUGCUCUUUACUGAGGAGAGGAAACAUGGUUAGAGCAGCUAGAAAUCUGCAGCGACCCGUUUACUUAUACUUGCUCAUAUGGUUGAUGUCCACUUAUUACUCAAAAAUUUACAUGUAGUUGAAAACGAUCUGGAAAAACUGAAGAAUGCAUCAAGUCAAGGAGAACUGAUAGACAAUAUCAAAGCAUUCCGUCAUAAUACUAAUGAACUGUUGAAUCAGUCAGCAAAACGUCAACAAGAGUUGGAUCCCCAGCUUCGGGAUGAUUUGGCAGCUGCCAGAGCUGUACUCAAGAAACAUUCCACGAUUUUAUUGAAAGCUUCUAAAGUAUACGUAAGACAUCCUGAAUUAGCUGCGGUCAAAGCAAACAGAGAUUACGUGUUGAAGCAAGUUUGUGGAGCAGUCAACACUAUAAAUGGUGUUGCUCAAGGUGGAGUCACUCAACCAUCCUCUUGUCCUUAUGACGGACCACGUGAAUUGGCAGCUGCACUUGAUGAAUUUGAUGAUCAUACGGCGAUGGAACCAUUAGCCUAUAAUGAGGUCCACACCCGGCCUUCUCUUGAAGAACGCUUGGAGAGCAUUAUUAGCGGUGCUGCCCUAAUGGCAGAUUCGAGCUGCACUAGAGGUGAAAGAAGAGAACGUAUAGAUGCAGAAUGCAACGCUGUUAGGCGGGCACUUCAAAAUUUAUUAUCUGAGUACAUGUCGAACAUGGGUAAUAUGGGUAGAAAGACGAGGGAUUUGAGGAGGCAACUACGUAAAGCUGUUGUCGAUCACAACUGCUUACUGUUGAUUAGUUUUCACAUAUGGUGAAUUGAAAUUUUCUGCAGUUUUCUGGAAACUUUUGGUCCUGAUCGAAGCA